GGUUAACAGAAGGAAGCACACAGAAUCAUCUCAGCUAAGUGUUUUUGGAACACUUUGAAAAAAAAUGAAAAGGAGGGUUUCACAGGAAGAGUAUAUCAACUGUAGUAUUACUUGGUGCAUACAGCAAUGGAAUGGUAUGGUACUGCUUAUAAUUUAUGAUUUAUUCUAAUUUCUGGAUAGGCAGUGAUUAUAACCAGGGGAUCAAGACAGCAAACCAAGAGAGUAGGGCUGUGUAUUGGCAGGCACAGUAUCUUGAAAUACGAAAUGCAUCCCAAUACUCCAGUGGUGAUCUGAUACAUUGUGAUAUACUGCAAUAUUGUUCUGCGAUAAGUACAGUCAUAUAUUAUAACAAGAGCCAUCAUUUAAAAGGGGGGAAAUCAGAUAAUGCAGCACUAUAUGAUGUGCAUGAAAACAAGUUUAUUGUGAUGAUGUUAUUCCAGUUAGACGUUCAGUUAAAUUUCACACUCCAACAGUGGAAUGAAUCACUAAUCGACAAAAUAACUCCAGUGUGCAGAAAGAAAAUGUUAAUAUCAAACACCUGUCACAAAUGCAGCAGCAUACUCAAGUACAUAUGUAUUUAAUACUGAUACAGCAGAUGUAAAAUAUCAAGACAAUAACACACAAUUAUUGCGAUGUGUCAGUAAAAAUAUCUAAACAAUAUCGCUCAAUCAAGUAUCAUAAUAUUUGAGCAUAUCAAUGUUUUUUUUACCCCUACAAAAGAGUAGAUCAAACUGCAAAGUUUGUUGAAUACAUAAAAAGUAGUAACAACACAAAUUGAUGAGCCAUAUUAUGAAUAUAUAUGAAGGAGAGUCCCAGAUCAAUGAGUCGCAGUGUGGGUUCAAGAGCAACUGAGUCCAAAACACACAGCCCAAUGAAAUGGCUUCAUAUACAAAGCGGCACCUAGACAACACUAGGCUGGUAGUAGUAUAUGAGGCUUAAGUAAUGAAAAGCAUUAUCCCCUUGAGGAUGAAUUAAUUCUAAUUCUGAUAAUAUAAAGAUAAGUUCAAACGGUAGGUUUAUUCAUGUAUCCCUUGAAACAUAUGAACAUGAAUUUCGUGAGAACAAAAAAUGUGGCUAUGUAAUUAAUGUAGUUAAUAUCCAGAACAAGUGAGAGGAAGUGAUACCAAAAGAAAGUGUAUCUGUUUGAUCAAUGCUCAAUGGAUUAAAAAGGUUGACCUUAAGGAUGAUAGGACUACUCCGCAGUCAUGAGCCCAUGAGACCGUGCCAAAAGGUGAACUGAUACCACUGGGUAUCAGUGAGGUGGAUGGAUCAGCAGCAGAAACGAGAGUCAAAAGAACACCAAACACAAUGGUUUAAUUCAACAAACAUGAAAUGCUUGCUUAGCCACUGCCUGUUAAAAUUUGGUCUGUAUAACAGACUUAUAAUUCUCUGAAAAAUAUGAGGGUAUUUCGGAUGAGCGCCUUCACCUGAAGGGUUACCAAGAAUCAUGUGAAACAUUAUAAGCUUCAGCAUAAAACAUUGGUGGCUGCCUGUUCUUGAAAUGCAUCAGGAAUCCUUUUAUUGAGAAGGCACACAACUCCAAACUCAGGUGGCAUGACAUCAGCAUCACUUUAUCAAAGAACUGUGGAGAUUGCAAAACAUAGCCUUUUACAAAUCUUCCAUUAUAUUUAGAUUAGAUAUGAUUUGAUGGCCCUAUAUUUCUAUUAAUAUUUAAUUCUACAGAAAAACAGUUGAACUAGAUUCUGCAUGUAGAUCCUUUUACAUCAAGCUAAGAAGUGGUUUGACACAUCAGAAUAACAUUCUUUAAAAAAAAGAGACAAAUACAUUUCAUUUUGGAAAUGCAAUACAAGCAGUUUCAGAACAGUAUACAAAACAUAAUAGAAUAUAAUAGAUAAUUAAAUUUACCCUAUAUAAUGGAAUAAUGAAAAAUAAAUGUGGAUGAUAAAUAAGGAAACAUCAAUAGAAUUAAAUCUAUUCGAGUCUCAAAUAAGAAACAAAAUGGCGAAUGGCUUUCUAAGUUAUCCUACCUGUCUCCAUGUCUGAGCUGAGAUCACCACUGCGGGAUCCACGGGUGGAGUAGCUCAGGUCACUCAGAAUGCCGACUGCUGCCAUGGCAGGAGCUGCAGAUGAGGAGGGAAACAUGAUCUCACAAGUGUGCAGGAUCAUCAACAAGCAGAACCUGCUGAGAAUGCCGCGUGAGAGCACCAAUGAGAAAUGGCAGUGACGAGCAGACCGUCGUGUUCCCGAGUGGAAACAACUUUGUGUGCUACAACACCGCCCACAAAAGUCAGAGGCUCAUAUCAGUGUCUGAGGAAAGCCAGAGUGUUCGAACUCUAACCAUCAGUGCCAACAGGCGUUACCUUGCAGUCUCUGAGUGUAAAGAGAGACCCACCAUCGUAGUGUUUGACCUGCUACAGGAACAGGACAAGAAGAGGAAAUUCCUCACUGCAAAAGACGUUACAAGUGGACCAUUCAUAAGUUUGGCUUUCUCGCCCGACUCCAAGUGCUUGCUUGGUCAAAGUGAUGAACCUGAGGGCCUUCUGGUUCUAUGGCAAUGGGAAAAACAGAAGGUCCUGGCUACAGUUCAGACCAGCAGCUUGACUAAUCCUGUCACCCAGGUCUGCUUCAGUCCUUACAAUAACACUCAGCUGUCUGUGAGUGGGAACGGUGUUUUUAAACUUUUUCGCAACACAAAUGGAGUGCUGAAACAAAUUAACAACCCCAAGGUGGAGAAUGUCAACUUCCUGUGUCACGCCUGGAUCACCGAGGAGCGUGUCAUUGCCAGCACUGACUCAGACAGGCUGGUGCUGUUUGUGUGUGGUGAAGCUCGGAGAGAAAUCAACACAUAUGAGACAGCUGAAGGUCAAGCUAACAGACAAGUGGAGAGGAAACAGAUACGAGGUGAAGCUGGCCGGACACCUAGGAAGUCUUCCAUCACCGCUAUUGUCCCACUCUCCGAUGGCUUUGCAUGCUCCCCAGCUCCUGGCCUCGUCUGUCUUUACAAAAACACAGACAAGGACGAGUACAGAAAGUACAGAGAGAUUUGGAUUCCCUCCUUUCAAAAGACGGAGAUCACAGAGGAGCAUUGCCAUGAGGUGGGCUGCAUGUGCACCAGUCCUGCUGAGGGAACACUGGCCAUUAGUACUACACAGGGACAGCUUUACUGCGUCAGCUUGUCUUCUGUAAUUAACAGUAAGAGGGAACGGGUCUAUUUUGAUCAACUCUCCCAGCCGUGCCACUCUAAAGCCAUUACAGACCUAUCAGUCUGCAUGUGGAAGCCUCUUGUGGCCACAAGCUCUCUGGACUGUUCCAUCUGCAUCUGGAACUAUGAAGCAAAAGAGUUGAUCGUGUGCAAGAAGUUCCAGGAAGAGCCGCAGAGUUUGUCACUGCACCCCACUGGCCUCUUCAUCCUGGUGGGCUUUACAGACAAACUCCGGCUGAUGGAAGUCCUUAUGGAUGACCUUCGGACCUUGAAAGAGUUCACUGUGCGUGGCAGCAAGCGGUGCGCCUUCAGCCACGGCGGUCACAUGUUUGCGGCUCUCAAUGGCAACCUCAUUGAACUGUUUUCUUUUACCUCUUUUGGGAAACUUAUCAGUCUGAAAGGCCACAAUAAAAAGGUGUGCGCCAUAGACUGGAGUCAGGAUGACAGUCGACUGGUGUCGUGCGGGACGGACGGUGCGGUGUAUGAGUGGAACACUCAGACGGGCAAGCGAGAGUCUGCGUGUAUACUCAAGUCUUGCAGCUACACUGAUGUUGCCUUCUCCUCUAAUGGUGAAACCAUCUUGGCGGUGGGGACAGACCUCACCUUGAAGGAAAUACAAGCAUGUCAGAUCCUGAAGGAAGUCCCAGCUGAUGAUGUGGCUCUCACUGCUGUGGCCAUGUCUCGCUCUGGCAGAGUAGUUUUCAGUGGAACCUCUGCUGGUGCCAUCAGGGCUAUUAAAUACCCCUUACCCAUGCAGAAGGACUGGGCUGAGUACCAGAGUCACUGUGCCCCAGUCACCAGGAUGAGGAUCACAUUUGACGACCAGUUCUUGCUGGCAGUGUCAGCAGACAACAGUGUGUCCAUGUGGAGGAUUGUUGACCCAGAUGGACAGAAGCCAACGAAAAGCAUCAGCCAGACGCUCCACUUCGAUGAGGUGCUGGUCAACCAAUCCGAUUUGCUGGAGAGUAUUCAGGAGAAGUCAUCUCUGGAAGAGGUCCAAAUGGAGAAUGAGUACCAGCUCCGCCUGAAGGACAUCCACUACAAUGAGAAGAUAAAGGAGCUGACAGACUCGUCCGCACUGCAAAGCGAGGCCCUACUGAAGUCACUGCAGGUCAUGAGGUCUGAGAUGGAGAAGCACAGCAGUGAAACCAGGCAGAGAUCUGCGGAGGAGGCUGCUCAGCAUUCAAUGGAGCUGAAAGAUCUGGAGAUAUCGUACAGCGAGAAGCUGAUUGUGGAGCAGGAGAAAUACCAGGAACUCCAGUGCAAGUAUGAGCAGAUGCAAGAGGACUAUGAGAGGCAGCUGAAAGCAGCAGCCACUGACAAAAGCAGCGCUCUGGAAGAGCUGACGCAGGUGUAUGAAGCACUUCUGUUGAAGAAGAAUCAAUUGCUGGAUCAGCGGCAGGAGGAUGCCGAGCAGCAGAGCCGUGAAUUUAAAGAACAUAUUAAGCAAGUAGAGGAGGACGAAAACAGGAUGGUGCACGACAUACAGACCGCAUAUGACAGGAAACUACACUUUGAGAAAGAGACCAAUAUGAAGUUGAUUGGAGAAGCCAGUAUAGUGAAACAGAAGGUUUUCCACUUACAAAGAGAGAUCCAAGACAAAUGCACUGAGAUCUUCCAGCUGAAGCAGGAGCAGCAGAAGUUUCAGGGUUUGAUCUCUAACCUGGAUACUGACAUCAUCAGCCUGAAGAGAAAGAUAUCUGAGUAUGAGAAGACCAAACCAGACCAGGAACACGUCAUCUCAGAGCUGAAGAAGAAGAACCAGCAGCUGGAGAAAAUGAGGUUUCAUCUGGAUUCCCAAGUGAAUGAGAUGAAAAAGCAGGCCAAGCCUCAACAAGAGAUCAUCAGAGAAAAGGAGAGAACACAGCAGCUUGAAGAAGAACUAAUGCAGAUGAAUAAGAGCAACACUCAAUUGAAACUGUGUGUGUCAGAGCUCAAGCUCAAGCUGAGAACCAAAGAGCAGGAAGUGGACAAGGAGAAACUCAAGAUGAAGGAGUUGCUGGUUCAUCUUCAACGGCUCAAGUCAGAUCUCCACACCUGUGGCAGCUUCAUCCAGGAGCCCAAGAAGCUCAAGGAGACGUUCAAGCAGAUCCUGGCUCAGUAUGUGCAGCCAGGCGAUGAGUUGAAGAACAGCGAGCUGAGUGAUCUUCAGAGCGCCUUCUGUCGUCAAAGUGAACAUCUCGAGAGGACUGUGACAGCCCUGCAGUCCAGGCUGGCAAAAGCCGAAGAAGAGCAUGAGAAGAAGCAAGUUAAACUCAUGAAGGAGAUUUCCAUCCUGGUUUCUCAGAUCAACGAACUUCGCAUUGAAAAGAGGCAACGCAAGCAAUGAAGAUACUUAAAAGGGAACAAUUCAAAAUCAUAAUGACAAUAAAUAUUUGUGAUGUCUUUGCUUUUCUGCCCC